AUGCAUCACGCUGUGCACGAUGCGGCCGCGGUGUACGCCGGUCACCGUAACCACGGCGGCGCAGGGGCAAAUGGAACGUCGGGAACUGUCGUCCGGCCCUUGAGCCCUGAGGUAAGCGACUUGCUUCGGGAGCAAAUGGAGUUUUUGGCGAGCGCCCAUGUCAGCGACAUCCGUGCCGCACUGUUUUUGCGGCUGAGGCUAAGCGCACAGCAGAAGCUGAUGGCGCAGCGAAACCGGUUCUCCGAGCGUCGGGCCCUGCAGAGCAAGCGAUGGCCGACCGCCGUGCACUCAACCGCUACGGAGGUGGCCAGUGCAGCGAGAUCUCCGGAGCCUGUUAAGCCGCACCCUGCAGCGGCGGAGGAGGUGGAAUGUGAAGAAGGGUGGCGCUGCCCUGGCUGUUCACGCCGCUACACAGAUGCAGACGCCUACACGCGCCACAGAAACAACUGCAAAAAAUAUGUAUUGCUUGUAAAAAGGCAGGGUGGCGUGACGGUGCCUCCGUCUUCGCGUUCUACCCAGCCUGCAGCAACCACUUUCUCACCGCUGCUCAACUCCAUUGGCUCAACCUUCAAGUCGGAACUGGAAGUGACGCAAAGAUGGCUCGAAGCUGCGGCGAGUGCAUCUACGCGCGCCACGGUGACCACCGCUCGCUACACACCGUCUACCAGCAAUGCACCCGGUAUACCACCUGCCCAACAGGCGCAGCGUCACGCGGCUGCAGAAGGCAACACCGUCGCUCCUCUUCUGCCUUCAGCACUAAUAGAAAGUCAAAGUACCAACCACUCGCUUCUAAUCCCCUGCUUUUCUGCGGUGGACGAGCGGAGAGAGGACAGGCGCGAGUUUGCUCAAAGUCCCUCCCUCUCGCGGGAGCUAACGCCUUCCUCCUUUGGGAUGCAGUCGCUGCAUAAGAUGUCACCCAGCGUCAAAAAUUCCAUUGACGAUGUCCCUGCAGCUGUCGCGGAUCGGGCGUCGUUCGACAGUGUCUCACCCCUGCCUGUGUGGUUUUCACCCAGCAAUACCGUAAAAUCCAGGGACAACGGGGCGAGCUUGCAUCAGUCAACCCUCUCCUGCAACCAGAAUAGCGUGAUGUACAACAGUGCCACUGGCAGUGGCACCAACUGGGGGGAGACGGAGGGCGCUGACGAGCCACUGCGGCCCUGUCCGUACUGUGGGCGACGUUUUUUUUCGGAGUCGCGCUGGCCGCGUCACGUGGCGGUUUGUGAGCAACAGCAGCAGCAGCAGCGUAAAAACAACAGUCAAGCUUCGGUCGCGCGUAGUUCACUUGGUACCCGUUCCCUGCGCCCAUCUCGUGUUAUUGCCAGCGGGAGCCUGAACUCUAGCACCAUCAUUCGGGGCAACUCGCAACCGCUGGCUUCGAGCAGAGAAAAGCCUGGGAACGCCAAGAGUUCUGCUUCGGGGAAACCGGCCACCAAGUGGCGUCAGCAGCGUGCACAGCUUCGACAGGCUCUGCAGCUGCCCAGCACCUCCUCUCAAGAUACCCCUCCCAACGGUGGGGGCACCACGGAUGUGUUUGAGGACGACCGUGUGUUUUGUCCUUCCUGCGGUCGUCGCUUUGCCCCAGCAACGGCUGAGCGGCACAUACCAUUCUGCAGAGAACGUGGCAGCGGGCAGAAAGUGACGCGCAUCUGA